AUGCAGUACGAAUACCUGCCCCCACAGUCGUCUGCCCAGCAGCAACAGCAACCACCCUCCCCGUCCCAAGCCUGGCAGCAACAACAACAGCAGCAACAACAGCAGGGAGGACUUGCCCCUCCGAGCCAUAUGCCCUACAGUGGAGGACUGACCGCGGCCGCGACAGGAAGUUCCGAGAACCUCUUUGAACGCUCGACCGAAGGCUUUCCCAAGUCUGCGAUUGACCAGUCGGCCGCAGCAAAGUACCGAUUGGAGCACCACUACAGUCUUUCGUUGGAGCAGGCCAUUGAACGAAGCGAAAGACGAGCUGAACUCGAGACGCGACUAGAAACCGAGCCAGGAAGCGAAGAGCGUAAGCAGCGUCAACUGGCUGCUCUUGGUCGUAAAGAAUCGCAGUUUCUGAGACUUCGUCGUACGCGUCUAGGUCUGGAUGACUUUGUCACCGUGAAGGUGAUCGGAAAGGGUGCCUUUGGAGAGGUCCGUCUUGUCCAGAAGCUGGACUCUGGCAAGAUUUAUGCUAUGAAGACCCUCCGUAAGGCCGACAUGUUCAAGAAGGACCAGUUGGCACACGUCAAAGCCGAGAGAGAUGUGUUGGCUGAAUCGGAAUCACCCUGGGUGGUUCAGCUCUACUACUCUUUCCAAGACCCACAGUACCUGUAUCUCAUCAUGGAGUUCUUGCCAGGAGGAGACUUGAUGACCAUGUUGAUCAAGUACGACACCUUUUCCGAGGACGUCACUCGAUUCUACAUUGCAGAGUGCGUUCUUGCCAUUGAGGAUAUUCACAAGAUGGGCUUCAUUCAUAGAGAUAUCAAGCCCGAUAACAUCUUGAUUGACCGCGACGGGCACAUCAAACUGUCAGAUUUCGGAUUGUCGACUGGAUUCCACAAGACGCACGAUUCGCAGUUCUAUCAGCGGCUUUUGGAAGGGCAGGUCAAAGGCAAUGCUGGAAGCAGCAACACCCAUGAUGGAGUGACGACAUUGAGCGCAGGCAUGGAUUCCAUCAACUUGACCUUUUCCAGCAAGGAUAAGCUCGCCACAUGGAAAAAGAACCGCCGCACCCUUGCCUACUCGACGGUCGGUACGCCCGAUUAUAUUGCGCCAGAGAUCUUUUUGCAGCAGGGUUAUGGCCAGGAGUGCGACUGGUGGUCCUUGGGAGCGAUCAUGUUUGAGUGCCUUGUUGGAUACCCACCCUUCUGCAGUGAGAACGCCCACGAAACCUACCGCAAGAUUAUGAACUGGCGUGAGCAGCUCUACUUCCCCGAGGACGUCCAUCUCACCCCUGACGCCGAAGAUUUGAUCCGCAGACUGAUUUGUUCGCCAGAGAUGCGAUUGGGCCGCCACAGUGUACACGAGAUCAUGGGCCAUCCGUUCUUCAACGGAGUCGACUGGGCCAACAUCCGUCGGAUGGACUCGCCGUUUGUUCCUAUCCUCACGUCGAUCACAGAUACCAGCUACUUCCCGACUGAGGAUUUGGAGAAGGUGCCGGAACAUCCUGAGCAGCACGAUUACCAAGUCGCCGAUGACUCGAAGCAGAAGGAUCUGGCCUUUGUGGGUUACACCUUUAAACGGUUUGAGUCCUUGACUAAGCGCAAUGCUUUGUAA